CUUUUUUAAAUUUUUUAUUUUACUUAAGGUACUGAAGAUAUUUAACAAAUAAUAAUUUGAUAUUGAAUAUGCAAUGAACACGUAAUGAGGCCAAUUAGAUACUGUUAACCCAAAAUUAUUCAUAGAUUUGGGUUUAAAGUAAUCUUCUAGUUUUACCAACAUAUUUCUUCUGACUUAAAUUUGAGAGAGAAUCUGUAAAUGGAUCUAAAGAUUAGGGUGAUGACAAAGAGGUCUUCCAACUCCAGAGAUAAAUCACCUCAACACCAGUGGAAAUCAGUAAAAAGCUGCUCACUAAUUAUGUAUAAUUUCAUUACUGUAAUGCCAAAAAAAAACUAAUGUUUUUCCACUGGUAAAAAUUAUUUUCAACAUCACAUCUUUUAUGAAAAUGUAUAUUAAAAAAAUAAAACAUUUUCUCCUUUUGAAUUAGAAACAAACUUCUUUGCAGAAAGAAAAUAAUUAAAAACCAAAAUCUGCCAGGAGGUUGAAUCAUUUUGUUUGUAACAUUUUAUGCCUCUUAAUGACCAGAAGGAGACGAGAAAGUGAAUGAGAGAAAAAUGAAAAUGAUAAACUGUUAAACUUAGUAGCAAGUAAAUAAGUCGUCAGUAAGAGAAAUUAUCUGUCAGCAGAAAACCCGAGACUGGACUUGGUUUUGAAAUGUUCUAAAAAGAAAAAGAGAUUUGAAUCAAAUUUUCUAAUAACCCUCCAUCAUAAUGAACUCAACCUGCUUUUGCUUCUCAUUUUGUUCAUUAUUGGAUGUACAUCUCCGUCAUUAGUUUAUAGAUAGCUGCGAUCGGCUGUACCUGCUCAGUUGCGAGACAGACAGAAAUGACUCCAUUGAUCCUCAUAAGUCAUUAUCCAAUUAUGCAUACUGCAGACUCAUUCUACCACAGACACUCACACAUACACACCUGUACUCUCUUUGUGUAGAAAUACAACUAUAGUUACAUAUGCAUAGCAUAUUUAUAACUGACAUAUGUAUAAAGAUGCACCUUUGAAUAUAUUAAACAUGCAUAUAAGAACACACAAGCAAUAGAAAGUAUUGUAUUUGCAUCAAUGAGGUACUAGUUAGAACUACUUGCAGGAAGGAUGCAUGGAUUCACCACAUCUGCUUGUGAACCUCUCAGGAAUUUCCUAAAUUCAUGCAGGACUUUCCCACAGGUAGGACUGUGCAAGGAGAUUAACACGUGAACGGCUGUUUCAGCUGAGGGUAAGGCAGCACUCAGCAGAGGAGGGAACCAGCUCAUAAGGAAACAAUUUAGGAUUAGUUAGGCUGUCUAAUCUCUUUAUAGAGACUGUGCCGUCUCAGCAGCAUACCUGCCGACCUCCGCAUCCACGUACAGCCAUCAUUUUAUGGGGAGUGGCGUUGCGCUCCGUUCGCAUGACAUGGCCGGCCGCGCUCAGAGACAGACACAACGGGCGUUUCUCUGAGCCGAAGUAGUUUCUGUGCAUGUUCUGUGCCUUUUGCUUGGGAGUGCACAUGGAGCUGCCUCUUCACACCCAAAUCGAAGUUAUACCAUGCAAAAUCUGCGGAGACAAAUCGUCGGGUAUCCACUACGGAGUCAUUACGUGUGAAGGCUGUAAGGGUUUCUUCAGACGGAGUCAGCAGAAUAAUGCCUCCUACUCUUGCCCCCGCCAGAGAAAUUGCCUCAUCGACAGAACCAACCGCAAUCGCUGCCAACACUGCCGUCUCCAGAAAUGUCUUGCCCUAGGAAUGUCCAGAGAUGCGGUGAAGUUCGGUCGCAUGUCCAAAAAGCAACGAGACAGUCUGUAUGCAGAAGUCCAGAAGCACCAGGCCCGGCUGCAGGAGCAGCGGCAACAGCAAACCGGUGAAGCCGAAGCUCUGGCUCGUGUUUAUUCCUCCAGCCUAACCAAUGGACUGUCCACCCUCAACCAUGAAAUUGGGGGCACGUAUGCCAACGGUCACGUCAUAGAGCUACCCAAAGGUAGCCACGUCAACGGCGGAGGAGUCCCCAGCGGCUACUACGGCAUGGAUUCCACCCAGCCGUCUCCAGACCAGUCAGGUUUGGACAUGUCGGGCAUGAAGCACAUUAAGCAGGAGCCCGUUUACGACCUCACGCCUGUGCCAAACCUGUUCAGCUAUGGAGGCUACCAGGACAGCCAGUUUGGGCCACAUAACGUCAGCAUGGGAGAGCUUGACCGGAUCGCUCAGAAUAUCAUCAAGUCGCACCUGGAAACAUGUCAGUACACAACAGAGGAGCUGCAGCAGCUCGCCUGGCAGACACAUUCCUAUGAAGAGGUCAAGAUGUACCAGAGCAAGCCACGGGACGUGCUGUGGCAGCAGUGUGCCAUCCAGAUCACUCAUGCCAUCCAGUACGUGGUGGAGUUCGCCAAGCGCAUCUCAGGGUUCAUGGAGCUGUGCCAGAACGACCAGAUCCUCCUCCUCAAGUCAGGUUGUUUGGAGGUGGUCUUAGUGCGAAUGUGUAGAGCCUUCAACCCUCUGAACAACACUGUGCUCUUUGAGGGGAAGUACGGAGGAAUGCAGAUGUUUAAAUCUCUAGGUUGUGACGACUUAGUGAGCGCAGUGUUCGACUUUGCCAAGAGUUUGUGUUCACUGCAGCUAACGGAGGAAGAGAUUGCGCUUUUCUCGGCGGCUGUACUAAUUUCCACAGAUCGACCGUGGCUGAUGGAGCCUCGAAAAGUCCAGAAGCUCCAGGAGAAGAUCUACUUUGCUCUGCAGCACAUUAUGCAGAAGAACCACAUGGACGAAGAUGCACUAGCCAAGCUGAUCAGCCGGAUCCCAACACUGUCCGCCCUGUGUACACUCCACACCGAGGAGCUUCAGGCAUUCCAGCAACUCCACCCAGAAACGGUGAACGUCCUCUUCCCUCCUCUCUACAAGGAACUGUUUAACCCCGACCCGAACUCUGCCAUGGCCAUGCCUAAGUGACCGCCUACGGUCCGAAUGCAAUGAACAGCUGUUGAAAGAGGACCAAGAAAUUAUGUCAGCUUUGUCUGACGAGACGCGGGCGGAGGUGUCAACUGCGUCGUUCUGGCAACCACAGAUUUUCUAAGCUCCCCCAGGCUCGUCUCAGGCUGGAGGGAGAGGAUUCGUCUACUAGAAACUUAAAGAGUUAACGCCAACAACACUAGGAAUGUCCUGCACUUAUCCCAUUCUGUUCACCGAUACAGUCUGAAGAAUGUAUAUACAAGUGAAGCGCGCCCCGAGCCACCACCUCAGAGGGGCUUCCACGUGUCUCCUGAACUGAACUGACUAGAAAUGUACAGACUUUCAAGACAACUCGAAACAGUUUUACGCUGUCAAUUUUUAUUUUAUUUUUUUUAAAAGGUGGGUAAAUUCAAUUGAUUUAAUCUUGAAAAAAAAAAUUCUUUUUUUUUUUUUCCCCAAUGAAAACAUUGCAAAUUUGGCGAAGCUGGAUGGGGGAGGGAACUGUGGAUGUAGAGAAGCUAUUGUAGAUAUUCCUCUAGUUGAGAGCGGAUUCCAGUAUUAUUUCUUGUUCUGUUAAAAUAAGUUAGUCCUAAUUUAAAUAUACAGCAGUCCAGAGAGGAUGAUGAUACCUUGUCUAUGUGUUUUAUUUUAUUUGAUAGAUUCUUGUGUACAGAAUUUGUAAAGUUGAGACCUGUAAAAGGAAACUGGGCAAAAACUGGGGGCCAAUUUUGGGUUUGUGGAAAUGCAGAAGCCUUGUCUGGAUUUUGUUCAUAUGUAUAGAAGGGGUUACUGUCCUUCUGAUCAAAAGUUAUUGAAAUGUAAAGAGAGAAUAUGAAGGAUUUAAACAGAAAAUAAUGGCUACUACUUUUCAAGGUGAAGAUAUAUACAUAAAUGUUCUAUUUUGCAAGGAAAAGAACUUGGCAGAUUUGCCGUCCUAUCAGUCGUUUAUUUCACGCUGCAAUAAUUAUGUCCAAUGCUAGGUAGAUUGCUGUGGAACAAUCAAUCACAAUGAACCAAUCAGAAACCAGGACCUCACAUUGAAGCUCACGCCGUCUCCUAACUUAGCCUGCUGUUAAAUACGCCUAUUGGGACUUUCUCAGUAGGUUUUGGAAGAUAUAAAUCAAAGACAUGUCAUACAUGUGCUGAUGAUCCUUAAAAAUGUGAAAAAAAAAACAUCCACACAAACUUGAAUUGAAAACACUUUUUGAUUACUGAAACGUAGAUGAGUGCUGUACGCCCUCACCGUCCAAUUUGCACAAUCCAGCCCACGGAUGUCAGUGGGCUGCGAAUAUGUAGGACCCUUUUCUUUAGAAAGCAAUAACUUUCACACAGCAUGUCUGGUCUUACUCCACUCCUUUCCCUCAUCUCGCACCCCUCUUCUGUCAACUGUUCAAGAACAGGGUAACAACUUUUAUAACUAAGGAUGCAAUAUGUCGUUUGCUCUUGAUCUCCAGUUGUGUCUCAGAAUCAUCUUGGUACGCGUUCCCCUGCUACCUCUGCUGUGUUUUCAGUGUAGCAAAACCUCAUCGUUGCAAUGCAAACAAAUGCAGCCGCCAAUGAUCUCAACACCACAUGUAGCCGAGCUUUAACGGAGGCCACUUUUGUGGAAAGUUGUGUUAGACAAUCACAUUUUUUUCCUCCACUGAGGCAUUCCAAUAACUGUUAGCACUUAAACACUGUACCUUGUUUUUUUCUUAUUUAGUGUUUGGACACUGUAAAAUCACUCUGGGCUUGAGUCAGCCUUUAUCCUUGUGAAGGAACAAACUGAAAAGUCAAUACUGCAUGUAUAAGCAUCUCAUGAGCCAUUGACCAAAAUGAUCCCCCCUUUAGAGUGAGGGUUCACCCAACGUCAGGGUGGAAAAUUAUCAUGAGAAUUGUAAUGAGAAAUCACAUUUAGAAGUAAAAAUUAUACCAUAUUUAUGACAUAAAUGCUUCCUCUUUCAACUAUUAGUUUGGGUCUUAUCAGUUUUUGACCUGCGGGUUGAACAAUGAAGAAAAAUAAAUAAAAAUUUGGGAGCUACAACUCUAAACACUUAAUGCUACACUUAAUGCUCAUCUCCUUAACAAAAUGACAAUCUAGCUCAAAUGUAUUUUUCUUUGUACCUCAUAUUUUGAUGCCAUAAUUAGUGGGCUGUGAUCUAGUGCUAUGAAGCACUCUAAAUGGGUUUCUCAUGCUUGAAUUUUUUUUAAAAUUAUUAUUAUUAUUUAUUUGCACAGUGGCCAAAUCCUCCAGCGGAUAUAUCCAGGGACACAGUUAGACUUGUAAUUCAUCAGUUCAGCAUCAGUGGCACUGGGACUCAUUGCAUUGAAAUCCUUCUGUGCAUUUGUUUCCAUUAUAGCAGGGGGGGGGGAACAAUCAGAAAUCUGUUCCACCAUUAAUGGCAUUUUUCUUUUAAACGCAGCGGCUUUCAUUGAACCCCACCCACAGAUCGGAGGCCAGUCACUCUUAAAGACAAUCACUUGGUAAAGGCUCGAUGCACUACACAGCAUCUCUCAGGGAGCAGCUCUUUUUCUCACUUUGCAUUAAAAGAGGGUUUAAUAUUUUUGGAAAUUUACUGAAAUAAAUAAAUAAAACUUUAAAAGAAGAACUUUUUAGGAUUUUCAAAAAAUCUGCCCAGACAAGGCUUUGAUAGACUUAUGCCUAUACUUGUACGUUUGUGUGUAUGUGUGUAGAGGAUGAAUUCACUGUCCGUGUUUUGUAGCGAGCCAGAGUUCAUGAUGAGCAAUUUUUACACCAUAAAUGGGUAUGGGGAUUAAGAGAAAAGUAAAAAAAAAAAAAAAAAAAAAAACUUUGGGCUAUAAGCUCUUGCUUGCUGGUCUUAGGACAGUGGGUGAAGUCCACUGGUGGGACAGCGAUCCUGGGACAGUGAAUUCCGACUCUAAAGUUUUUAUGUCUUGUUUUUUUUUUCUUUUGUUUUGUUUUGCUUUCCCUCGUUAGACUGUGAAUCAAAAGGGUGGAACGGGGAGCCUUGAGGCGGGGUGGGAGGGAUGGUGACGCAUUGGCAUGAACAAGUGGUACCCAACACUGUAAGUAAGAUACUGUAGCAAUAAAAACUGGAGGCAUUUACUACUGUCAUGUUUGCAUUGUAAGAUUAUUUUUAUGUUAAUACUAUUUACUAUUAUUAUUGUUCUUAUUAUGACUACUAUUCUUCUAUUACUAUUAGCCUAUUGUUGUUCUGUUCUAUUUGCAUGACGUUUCAUUGCAAUGAAAUAUUCUGGACUUAUUUGUGUUUCCUCCUCUCUUGAUGACGUGAGGGAGAUGUUUGAAACGGUGGGUUAAGGGUUUAAGGCAAAUUUCACACCACUUUAUUAGUCAGUUCAAAACAAGUUUUUGACAUGCUGAAUUAUCUUUUUUUUAUUUUAAAUAAAAUGUCUAAUUUAUAUGGAAACAAUUUGAAA